UGACAGUAUUGUCUACUGCUUGUUUCUGUGUCAUGCACACUGCUUCUAUAUAUGUUUAUGUAUAUGAACACGUGCAGUUUGCACAAUGUCCUUUCCCUAUGCUCCCAUGCCUAGUUUCUCCAUGUUUGAAGAACUUGGAAGAAUUGAAGAUAGAAGAACACAGAUGAAGCACAAGGUGAACAUACAGGCGCUACUUCUACAUGAAUGGCACUACUGGAGAAUCUCAGUGGGAAUACCCAGAUGUCAGUAAAGAUCAGAAGCCAGUGGAGACACCUAGUGAGCUACCUUCAUCCACAGAAGUAGACGAUAAUGAUACAGAAGAAGAGGAGAGUUUGCAUCCUGAGAAAUCUCAAGUUUUUGAAGUUUCAUCUUCUUCUGCUGAACAAAUUGAUUCUGCACCUUAUCCAGCUGGUGUUGGGAGUGCCUUGGCAAGGCUUCGGGCAACAUAUGAUGUUUCCCAAGUUGAUGGGGAUGAAGAUAAGAUGGAUUCAUCCACCAAUCCAGAAGCACUACCACCCCUUUCCUCUGGCACAGAAGAUCCUAGCCCCCCAUCUUUUUACACUUCUGCACCACCUCCACCACCCCCUGAUCAAUCAGAUGCCCAACCACCACCCCCUCCUCCACCCAGCUCCAGCCCCCCACCUCCACCUCCUCUGAGUUCAAGCCCUCCACCCCCACCCCCUCCACCUGCCAGCUCAAGUCCACCCCCUCCUCCCCCUUCAGCCAGCAAUAAUCCCCCUCCUCCUCCUCCCCCAGAAGGUUCAUAUACCCCUCCACCUCCCCCUCUCUCAAACUCAAGUUAUCCACAGUUGUACAGUUCAGGUGCUCCACCCCCUCCGCCUAGUGUACUUCUACCGCCACCCCCUCCCCCUCCACCUGAAUCUUCAGGUACAGUAGAUAUGGAUGUUGAUACAGACAGCCAGGACGUAGACCAGCUUUAUGAGCCAGACCAUCCAACUUCUUCAGAUUAUGACAAUUUUUAUCAAACAAUGACUACACAAGAUAAUAAAGCUGGUGUCAUGGCAGAUUCAGGUCUUGUGACUGGCUCCACUGGGACAGACAGCAAUGGAAGUGUCAUCAUAGCAAGGCCUCCCCAGCCUACAAUCCCUCCUGGAGUUAUAGCUAAUCAGUCACAGAUAUUUCAAGCUACCACUAUGUCUGGAGAAGCAUGGAAUACCCAGUAUACUAGUGGACAGUUUAGUGCUAUGUCUCAACCCACUGUGGGGAAAUCAGUGCAGGCAUCUGCUCCACAGACAGUUAUGACGUCGACAGAAACUCCACAAGAAAUUCAGCAUAGCAAUACAGCAACAAGUAGUUCUGCUACACAUAAGCAUGGGAAAGGGGAAAAGAAGAAAAAGAAAAAGGACAAAGGUCUGCUCCCAACAGGGUUGUCUAUGAAGAAGAAAAAUGUGUCCUCAAUGGUACAAAAAUGGCAAAAUGUACAAAAAGAGGUUGAAAUUCAAGCAGCUAAAGAAGCCCAGGAAGAAGAAAGGAAGAAAAGAGAUGCUUUACUGUACAGUGAGAGGAGGUCAGAGGAGAUAAGGCUAGAGGAUGUGAAACAGAAAUACUGAAAGUAAAGAACACAUCAGAGAAGUCCAAUCCCAAAGUCAAUCACCUGAAGAAAAUUCUGCAUCUGAAGCUUAAGUAUGUCUGCCAAUGAUGGUAAAAAAAAAAAA